AUGAACAAUUUGCACUGGAUGGAGACGAUUCUCAGUUCCGUCCGGGUUAGUUCACACGCUGGAAGCUGGUAUACUGCAGACAGAACAGAGUUGUCAUCACAGUUAAACACUUGGUUGGAAAGUUGUGGAAAGAACGUCCCAAAUGCAAAUUCAGUCCGGGCAAUUAUAGUACCAAAUGCAGUUACCGUAUAUUGCUCACAUCAUGAAACGGAAAGAUCAGUACUCCAUAGUCCCCAUAGUUGUCGGUUGUUUAUCAUUCGAAAAACAAGAAUUCUUCGGAACCUCCUAUCGAGCUAUAUGCUAGAUGAGAAGAAUCUCUUUGUGAUAUCUUCUGAUUUCUGUCAUUGGGGGAAACGAUUUCGAUAUCAGUAUUACAAUAAAUCCGAUGGUGCGAUAUGGCAGUCUAUUGAGAAACUCGAUCACCUUGGUUUGAAUGCGAUUCGAAGCCUGAAACCGAAAUCAUUCAUAAAAUAUCUUGAAGAGUACAGGAACACUAUAUGUGGCAGGAGAAGUAUAGGCGUGUUCUUAUUUAUGAUUGACUGUAUUCGACAGAAGCAACCGUUUAACCUGGAACUUAAAAUCCUAAACUAUACACAAUCCAACCGCUGCCAGUCAAUGGAAGAUUCAUCAGUGAGUUACACUGCAUGUGCUCUAGUCAGUCGUGAGUAA